AUGGACGUGGUGGCGUUUGAAAUGGACAUUGAUAAAUUAGCGGAUGGUGUCUGUGUCUUUAAAUGCUUACUCAACAGAGACACCGAAUGUUGCCGUGUGGGGAAGGAGUCCAUCUUGAUUACUCUGGGUUACAAUAGUGCUUUGCUGAAGUUUGAGUCUCAUGCUGAAUUCAGCGCAUUUUCAAAUACCUUGAAAAGGUGCCAGAAUGAGAAAAAGGAAUGCUCGGUGUUCAGCCAGCGGACAGAAGAGGCGUCUGCCGCACAAUAUUUCCAGUUUUAUGGCUGCAUUUCCCAGCAGCAGAACAUGAUGCAAGAUUUUGUGAGGACAGCUACUUACCACAGAGCCAUCCUCCAGAACCACAUUGACUUUAGAAACAAGAUUGUUCUGGAUGUGGGUUGUGGAUCAGGAAUACUGUCAUUUUUUGCUGUACAGGCCGGAGCUAGGAGAGUGUAUGCAGUUGAAGCCAGUUCAGUAGCACAAUAUGCUGAGAUGCUAGUGAAAAAUAACCACCUUUCAGACAAGAUCAUUGUUUUGCCAGGGAAAAUUGAAGAAAUCUCACUUCCCGAGGCUGUAGAUGUCAUCAUUUCCGAACCGAUGGGAUACAUGCUGUUCAAUGAAAGGAUGCUGGAGAGUUACCUUCAUUCAAAAAAAUGGCUGAAAGCAAAUGGACUGAUGUUCCCGACAUUCAGUGACAUCCACUUGGCCCCCUUUUCUGAUGAACAGCUCUACGUGGAACACUACUCCAGAGCCAACUUUUGGUAUCAGGAGUGCUUCUAUGGGGUCAACCUGUCCAGUCUCCGGGGUGCUGCAGUGGACGAAUACUUCAGACAGCCCAUAGUGGACACAUUUGACAUUAGGAUUUUGAUGGCUCGGACAGUCAAGUACACAGUAAACUUUAUGGAUGCAGAAGAAGCAGAUCUCCACAGAGUAGAAAUCCCCUUUGUGUUUCAGAUGGCACAGUCUGGCCUCGUCCACGGCCUGGCCUUCUGGUUUGACGUGGCCUUUGUUGGAUCUCUGGUAACGGUUUGGCUGUCAACAGCCCCAACCGAGCCUCUGACUCACUGGUAUCAGGUGCGGUGCCUUCUUCAGACUCCUCUCUUUGCCAAGGAAGGAGAGACCCUCUCAGGGAGAGUGCUGUUUGUAGCCAAUAAACGCAUCUUGUACAGGAACUGGGGUGAGCAAGGCUUUUGGGCAGAAAGGCUCUUGGAACUGGAACGUGCAGAACUACCUAAAGAAUCACAGGAGGAGCCAUAUUUGCAGGAAGCAGUAUGA